AUGAAGCGACCCAGAUCAGAGGGCGGUGAGGAAGAAUCAGACGGUGAGUGGGACCCCUACCCCCAGGACAGCGAAGCUGAAAUUGUUGGACCGGUUUCCAGUUCUGAUUCUGAGCCUUGCCUCAGUGAGGGCGAGCGCCUAGAAGACACCGCAGUUGUUGGAGCAGGGCAACCACCGCAAACUGAUCCUGCAUCGCCAAACCAGGCUGAAAUUUCUGAGGCCGAGAGCGGUGCGACGUUAGUUUUGGGAGGUGGCAGGCUCAAAGAUCUUGUGGCCAACACCAACAAUGUUGGCCGUCCUGGCAGCCUCCCAGGCGCUUGCAGUUUGAGCAUCUUUGAAGAGUCUCCAACAGAGGCUGGUCUGAUAGAUGCCACAGGGUCACACCUGAGCGGCUCCACCGAAGAUCAUGUACCAGUACCACGAGAGAACACCUCAGAGAAGGGCAAGGGCCAUGGCGAUGGAGGUCCUGUGGGGCAAUUCGGGUUGAAGCCACCUGUGAUGGAGAAGACAGACGAAGGGUACAAGCCACUCGCAGCUUGGAGAGAUCCAUUUCUGGAGUAUUUCAAUCCCCUGUUUGAGCAUUGCGAAUGGAAUCGGUGCAUUCGACUUGGUACAUGCUGCAGUGGCUCUGGCUCUCCACGGCUUGGCUUGAAGGCCAUUGGACUUCCAGUGACCGAAACUGUCAGUGUGGAUCCAAGUCCAGCUUCUUUCAAAGCAGUGCAAUCACUGGGCCAACUUCCAGAUCAUCAUCUACAGCUGGCAAGUGAGCUUCUUCUUGGUGAAGGAAUGUGCAGUGUCCACAAAGGGCACUGUCGUAUUUCACCGCUCCCAGACGAUAUUUGGGUCUGUGGCUUUCCCUGCGCGCCUUUCUCUACUCAAAGACCUGACCGGUACCAAGGUGGACAAUGGAAAACCCACAUUCAAACGGAGGUUAUGUAUGAGGUGGCGAAGUGUCUGGCAAAGCACCAGCCAGCAUUGGCUGUGCUGGAGAAUGUGCCUGGAUUUGUGAGAGAGGGAAAGAUGAGGAAUGCUGAGAACAGAAGCACUAGCAUCUGGGACUCGCAACAUUUGUCUGACAGCCCACUCGACUCUUUGCUUGCAGAGAUCAAUCGAGGGAAGACACCUGAGACUCGGCAAUACUUUCACCACCUCGCAAGGAUCGACUCGCAAAUCUUCUUGGACACCCCACGUGAUCGGGUGUACAUCUUGCUGGUUCACGCAGAUUUGGGGGCGGCAGUGAUGGACAGGGCUGUGGAGAUUUUGAACAAGUUCCUGUUGCAGAGCACAACGCAUCCAGUGGUCACACCUUGGCAAGAUCUGCUUCUACCAGAGACUUCACCAUUCCUGGCCAAGAAGCUUUCUGACCUUCAGGCAUAUCUCGCAUUCGCAUUCCCCUUCUUCCUCACCUUCAGUGGCGAAUCCAGUGGCUCCAGCCUGGGCCUUGACUUCGACUCCAUGCUCCACCUUGCAGCAUCAAAUGACUAUGACCAGGGUCUGCAAACCACUCAGUGGGCCAGCAGGGACAACUUCAGGAAAGUGGGAGCAGCAAGCUUCCACAAUCCGCUCGACUUUGCCACUUUCUUUGCAGAAGCUGACGCCAUGGAGCCCUACUGCACGGAUGCAAGGUUGCGCUGCCUGGGUUUUCCGGAUGUGCAGACCUUGACGAAGGAUAUGUCUUUUGCUGAGGCAUCAUCCUUGGUUGGUCAGGCGAUGGCAGUCCCUGCAGUCACCAUGGCCUGUCUCUGCCUCCUGGUGGCUGCUUGCGAGAAGAAUGCAUUGGGUGAUCUUUGCAACUACCAACCUGGUAGUGGUGCCUCCUUUGCAGCUGCACCGCGCAACCAGCAAGCAGGAGGCGAACCAGACCUGGUGGCAGAGCAUGCCGACUCUGAUCCUGAACAGCUCUUCUCAGACGAUGGCAAUGAUGGCAAGAACAGCAGGGCCCUGUCACCUGAGGCGUAUCUCAAGGAGUUGAAGGAAGUUCACAAGGUCACUU